CUUUGGAAAUAUGAUAAUGGAUAUAUUGUGAAUAAAGCUUCUGGAAAAGUAUUUGAUAUACAAGGAGGUUAUAUUCGAACAUUUCAUAGAACGUAUCUAUGCCAAUGGGAUCGUAAACCAUUAGCUGAAGCAUCGAAUCAACAUUGGACUUUCUUACCAGGCGGUUCUAUAACUCCGACGUUUCAUGAAGGUUUCGUGUUGCAUUUACGCGGUCGUUUUUGUAGAUCGAAUCAUGAAAGUGCUCAAGUUUUAAUUCAUCAAAUAAAAGAUGACAACCAUCAUAAGCAAACUUGGUUUUUUGAACCCGAACAAAGUCAACCAAAGAUUCUUUCGCCUCCUAUUCCUAAAGAAUGCCCUGAUUAUUUUGCUUGA